CGGGGCGGGCGGCGGCGGCGGAGGGAGCAGAAUCUUCUCCUCUGCCCCCAGAGCAAGGGAGGAUGACAUCUCAGCUCCUCUGAGCCAGCAGUGCCCAGGGACCUGCAGAGCCAUGGAGCUGGAGUACGAGCUGCCCAACACCACUGCCUUCUGGUUCUCCCCGGCUUCCCCCUUUGACAACUUCUCCCUGGAGGCUCCCACCAACACCUCGCAGAACUCCACGGGCCAGCACUUCGACCUGACCAGCAAUGCCAUCCUCACCUUCAUCUACUUCGUGGUCUGCAUCAUCGGGCUGUGCGGGAACACGCUGGUGAUCUACGUCAUCCUCCGCUAUGCCAAGAUGAAGACCAUCACCAACAUCUACAUCCUCAACCUGGCCAUCGCCGACGAGCUGUUCAUGCUGGGCCUGCCCUUCCUGGCCAUGCAGGUGGCACUGGUGCACUGGCCCUUCGGCAAAGCCCUCUGCAGAAUUGUCAUGACGGUGGAUGGGAUCAACCAGUUCACCAGCAUCUUCUGCCUGACGGUUAUGAGCGUCGACCGGUACCUGGCUGUCGUCCACCCCAUUAAAUCUGCCAAGUGGAGGCGGCCCAGGACGGCCAAAAUGAUCAAUGUGGCUGUUUGGGGCGUCUCCCUGCUGGUGAUCAUGCCCAUCAUGAUUUAUGCUGGGGUGCAGCACAACCACGGCAGGAGUAGCUGCACCAUCAUCUGGCCAGGAGAGUCGGGUGCCUGGUACACGGGGUUCAUCAUCUACGCCUUCAUCCUGGGCUUCCUGGUGCCUCUCACCAUUAUCUGCCUUUGCUACCUGUUCAUCAUCAUCAAAGUCAAGUCCUCGGGCAUCAGAGUGGGCUCCUCCAAGAGGAAAAAGUCUGAGAAGAAAGUCACCAGGAUGGUCUCCAUCGUGGUCGCCGUCUUCAUCUUCUGCUGGCUCCCCUUCUACAUCUUCAACGUCUCCUCGGUCUCCAUCAUGAUCGUGCCCACUCCCGUCCUCAAGGGCAUGUUCGACUUCGUGGUGGUCCUCAGCUACGCCAACAGCUGUGCCAACCCCAUCCUUUAUGCCUUCCUGUCCGACAACUUCAAGAAGAGCUUUCAGAACGUGCUGUGCCUGGUGAAGGUCAGCGGCAUGGACGAGGCGGACCGCAGCGACAGCAAGCAGGACAAAUCCAGGCUCAACGAGACCACGGAGACCCAGAGGACCCUGCUCAACGGGGACCUGCAGACGAGCAUCUGAGGGGACGGCGGGCUUGUCCUUCCUGCGCUCUCCUCUCCCCGCUUGCUCCCAGCAGGGUGGUGGCACGUGUGGAGUCAGGGCAGGAAUGCCAGCUGAGGGGAGGGCACUGAGCACCCCGUGGGGCGCUGGGUCCUCAGCUGGGCUCUGCUGGGUUGGCUUUCAAGCACUGGGAAGGAUAUGGAUCAAGAGGAGCUGCCUCACCAGGAAAACAAAGACAAGUCACGGCACCGCAGCACAUCUCAACUCCAAAGUGCCACCCUGGCCACAGGUAUCGCCGGGGUGGCUCCCCCGUGUCACCCUCGGGGCUGGUUGGCUUUGGGGCUCUGCCCCUGCACGGGUGGAUGCACAUGGACACAGGGGGUGACCUCAGGAGGGGCCGAGGCCACGGGUGUGUGAUAAGAUGGAGAUGCACUGACCCGGUGGGAGCUGCCAGUGAGCUCCUGCCAUCGACCUGCCCAGCAGACCAGGAUGUUUGGGGUCGCGUUUUGCCUGGGGUAUCAGUUCCUCCCUUGCCCCCCCCGAAGACUCCCUGUGCUGUGUGACCGCACUGUUGGCAGCAGCCGCCCCACCCGAGGGGGGCACUCCAGGAUGGAGGCGACUCACCCUCUGGAAGCAGCUCUGCCACCUCGGCAGCCCCUCCGGUCACACCACGCUCCUACCCUGCCAUCUCCCGCUGCAGGAGAGCCCUUGCCUUCCUCCUGCCGUGACGUCACCUGCCCGCAGAUUUUUCUCCUCGGAUGGAGGAUUUCCCCCCUUUCCCUCCCCAGUGGCCCCUGCCC